UGCCGCCUACUGAUAAUAAUCGGCCUCGCCGGGUCCCACGGCCCGUAGAUCUCGUUCUUGUACUUCUGCAGGCCGAUGAGCCACCAGCUGCACCCGCCCAUCGCCAGCGCCGCCAUGGCGCACCCGACCACCAUGCCCAGCAGCCCGCCGCGGCAGACGGGCCACCACCUGCCCGCCCCCGCCCCCGCCCCUACCGAGGGCCUGGUCAGGAUCAUGCCGGCGCCGCCCCCCGCGCCGAGCACCAGCAGCACCGUGAGCACGACGUGGAAGCGCCAGGAGCGGUGGCGCGCGUAGCGGCGGAACACGGGCGCCAGGCCAAAGACCUCGAUGCUGAACAGCGUGAGGCUGAAGACCUGGCCCGUGGAGGGCAGGCGGCUCGCGAGCACGGUCGAGGCCAUGAGCGCGGCGUUGGUGGACAGCGAGGCGACGGGGAAGCGGCGCACGCCGCCCCAGUCGCCCGAGUAGUCGAAGAAGAAGAUGUUGACGGCCAGCAGCCAGAAGGACAUGGCCCAGAUGCUGUCCGACGAGGUCGAGCGCGUCAGCGACUUGAGGAUCGGCGACAGGCCCAGCAGCGUGAAGUAGAUGAGCACGGCCGACUUGAUGGUGCCGAGGCGCAGGUGCGCGCGCUCCGUGCGCAGGGGGGACGAGGGCCGGUGGUGGUGGUGCCGGAGUUCCGUAGAGGUGGGGUGGUCGGCGGCGGUGGCGGCGGCGGCGGUGGGGGUCCCGGAGCCGCUGGCGUUGAAGCGGGAGCCGCUGAGGCGCGACGUGGACGAGUUGAGCGAGGUGGCCGACGCCGACUGCACAUACCUCGGCGCCGUGAGGCUCGUGGUGCUGACGCUCUUGGGCAGGGCCGGCCGGAGGGCCGCGUGCAGGUUGGACGCGGAGCUCAUGGCCGAGGGCAGGUUCGACACGCUGCUGUUGGCCGUCAGGGGCGAGUUGGUGUCGCGGGUGGUGGUGGUGUCGUCGUAGCCGCCGCCGCCGGCGGGCCCGGUCAGCACCCUCUGCGGCCGGAACUGCCUCCCGCUGAGGCUCCUCGCGUGGGCGAGCCCCCCCGGGGCGGCGUCCUCGUCGUCCGUCUCCUGCAUCACCCACCAGUCCCAGAGGAGCCAGCCGAGGAAGGUCGCGAGGCUGCCGAGCCCCACCACGGCGACGGGGCUCACGCGCUCCUGGAAGAUGCCGACGAAGCACACGACGAAGAUGAUGACGGAGCAGACGUGCUGCACGAUGACGGUGAAGUCGGCGACCAGGGGCCAGAACUCGUACGGCUGCAGGCGCGGGUUCCGCUGCAGGUUCUCGAGAAAGGUGGCCUGGUCUGUGUAGUUGUCCGGAUCUGUAGUUUUGUGUGUUAA